UUGAGAAGGAGAGGAAGUGGAAGACGGUUCUUGUCUUUCUUCUUCUUAGUAAGAGGGGGGAGGGAAAACCCUUGCUCGUGCUUCAUUUCUAGAGCUCUCCUCGACGAGAAGAUGGCUGGCCUAUCAUUGCAGCACCCUUUGCCUUUCGCCUUCGGCAUGUUAGGCAAUCUCAUCUCGUUCAUGGUGUUUCUUGCCCCGAUUCCGACGUUCUAUCGGGUUUACCGGAAGAAAUCGACGGAAGGGUUCCACUCGGUGCCUUACGUUGUUGCGCUCUUCAGUUGCAUGCUGUGGAUCUACUAUGCGUUUGUCAAGACCAAUUCGAUGCUCCUCAUCACCAUUAACUCCUUCGGGCUGUUCAUCGAGACAAUCUACAUCACCAUCUACCUCAUCUAUGCCCCCAAGAAGGCUAGGAUCUUUUGCAUCCAAAUAUUCGUCCUCUUGGAUGUGGUGGCGUUCGCUGCGAUCGUUCUCUUGACUCAGCUAGUCUUUAAAGGCUCCAAUCGCGUGACAGUUCUCGGAUGGAUCUGCGUUGGCUUCUCCAUAAGCGUCUUUGCUGCUCCAUUGAGCGUCAUCAGGCUCGUUAUCCGCACCAAGAGCGUGGAGUUCAUGCCAUUCUUCUUGUCCUUCUUCCUCACCUUGAGCGCGAUCGCCUGGUUUGGCUACGGUCUCUUCACCAAGGACAUAUACGUUCAGCUUCCAAAUGUCUUGGGGUUCGUAUUUGGGAUUGCACAAAUGCUGCUCUACAUCAUCUACAAGAAGAAGAAGAACGUCGUGGUGGAGCCAACGGUGCCUGAGCACAUACUCAAGAUCGCGGAGCUGAUCACGACCCCAGCAUCGGAGUUGCAGGUCAGCAUCGAGGAGAACGAUCGCAAGAAGAAGGCCAACGAGGACGCUGAAGGCGUAGACAACGGAAAGACGGCAGCAGCAGCAGCAGCAGAGGAGGGGAUUGAGAUCAACGCAGUGUGAGGCAUGCAGGCCGGUCUCGAACGAAGAUACAAAGAACAUUGAAGAUUUCAUAUUGCAUCACCCCCACUCCUUCCUUUUACCGAUUCCUCUACUUCAUAGGCGCCUUAAUUCUAGCUUCUAAAGAUUAUGUGUCCGACUACUUAUAUCCCCAGAAGAAAAACAAACAAGUGUAGUGUGUCCAUGUAUCAUCAUCGCAAUAAUAAAGUGCCUGCCUUUUCUUUCUGCCA